AUGAAUGACUUGCAAAAAAAAGUUCUGUUUGUUAUUAAAAGAUAUGAAACACUUGAGUCUGAAUCCUUAAAAAUAGGUCUUCCCAAUAAGGCAAUUGAUUCACGGGGGUACAAGAAAGCUAUUGUUACACCCAAAAAAUCUCCUGUGCUACUAGUACCAGAAGCUCAUGUCUACCCUGCAAUAGCAGCCAUAAAUCCAAAAAAGGAAAUCGAGCUACCAUCAUACAAAACAGUCCUUUGUAACACUGGAAAAAUCUCCCAUGGUGUUUUGUUGAUGUUUAACCUCAAGUCCAAUGGUUGGUGUGGUUUCCGUAUAUUUGCAUACCUGAAAGAGGGUAGAGAGAAUCAAUUUCCUUUGGUGAAGAAGAUGUUGGCCACAAUGGUAACCCAUGGUAAACUUUACAAGCACAACUUUGGCAUGGAUGUUGCUGAAGUGACAGAGAUCAUUGCCUUUGGCUCCGAGAUUGACUCUGCUCUUGAGAAAAAUAUCCCAUAUUGCCCUUUCUCUAUGUAG